CUUCGAGAGGUGCGAAACGACAUCGCUCACAUAAACGAGGUUGAACUUACAGAUGUUGGAUUCAAAAAUUAUGUAGCAAGAGUGAUAGCUGCAUUUACGUCUUUGAAACUCUCAACUGAUGAAAUCGAGGAUGUGAAAAACCAGAGCAGCUUUCCCACAGCAGAAGUAAAAAGCUUAAAGCUUAAGACUGAUGGACUUAAAGCUGAUUUAAAAGCGAAAAAUGAAGAAGUUAAAAAUCUAAACUCCGACUUACAAUUGGCCCAAGACGCAUUACAGACCAAGCAGGAAGAAGUAGAAACCCUCACUCAGGAAAUCAAUUCCAAAGUCGAGUCUUUCUGUAGUCUUACAUUCAAGCCAUCACACCAAAUCAUCAGACGUUCUAACGAUGUCACAAGAAUCAAGAACAAGCUGGAGGAACUUUAUAAUGAAAGCAAAGGAGCUAUCAGCACCAUUUAUUUAUCAGGAAUUCCGGGCUGUGGCAAAAGUCAAUUCGCUCGUCAAGUGGGACAGGAAGUCUAUGACAAAAGUUUGCGAGAAGACGAAGGUCUAACAUUUGUUUCAACUCUGAAUGCAGAAACCCUUGACUCACUUGCCGACUCCUAUUUCAAUCUAGCUAAACAACUGGGAGUCAUGGAAUACGCUCUGACCAACCUAGCAACCUCCACGAAGGUCGACUCAAGUGAAAAAAUUCAACAUUUGAUGCGUUUUAUUUCUCCAAAGGUGAAACAAUUUUCUGUCUGGCUGAUUAUUGUAGAUAAUGUUGUUGACCUAUCCGUGGUUCGUAGUUAUCUGCCUCCAACCGCCAGUGAAGAGUGGGGUCAUGGUCAGAUGCUAGUAACUACUCAAGAUACUCAGUCAAUACCCUUAAAUUCUCCUCAUACUUACCAUGAGUCUCUCAGUAAAGGAAUGCACCCAGAUGAUGCAGUAGACCUUUUAAGAGAAGUGUCCAAAAUUGCGAAUCAACAACAAGCUGAGGAGGUUGCUAAAGUUCUCGAGUAUCAGCCACUUGCCUUGGCAGCUGCUGCAGUCUACGUGCAAACAAUUGUCAGCUAUGGUACCCCUAAUUACGGUUGGACAAAAUACCUGGAAACAUUGAAUAGCGAGGAACGCGAAACCAGAGAAGAGCUUUUCGCGAAAAAAAACAGAGCAUAUCCCAAAACCACGGCUACUGCAAUCAGAAUAGCAAUAACUCGAGCUUUGGAAAGCGACAAAGUUCUUUGUGAAGUAUUUUGUUUGUUUUCGCUGUGCACAUCUGAUUCUCUACCUAUUGAGGCUGCAGUUGACUUUGUUAAAUUUCGUAACAAACAACAAAAAGAAGAAUUUAUCCGGGCUAAAAUUCUGGAAUCCACCAUGAUAACUUGCUUGUAUGAUGUUCACGGCACACCCACUUACUUAAGAGUACAUAACGUUGUUCAUGAAGUGCUCAAGUCCUCUGUAACAUCAGUCCUGAACCGCACACAUAAAGCUGAGUUCUUUUCUGUCGCUGUUAAGAUUUUCAGUUCAUUAAUUGAAGACAACAAGAAGCUACUACUUGCAAGUGAGAGUACGUGCAUGAAGUUAAGACUAACUACCAGUCAUUGUAAACAGUUAUAUCAACAUUUCAAGACUAAUUUCACCGACACAGAAUUAACAAAUAAUGAAUUAUUCGCCUCCAUAGCUCCUAGAAAUUUAAUAUCCUGGCUUUCCUUGACUGCUGAAGUCAGUCGCGACUUGAGUAAUAUAUCGGACGCUCGCCUCUUUUGUACAUUAUGCUCCGAGUUUGUAAAUUAUCUUGAUGACGAGCUAAAAGAUAAGCUGGAAAAGGCGAAUUAUUUUCGAGUGCAAGGCCUUGUUUGCAAGGAUCUUGACCAGAACAACCAAGCUAAAGAAUACUUUGAGAAGUCUCUUGCCAUUACAAAAGAGAUUUAUGGUGAACACCAUGGUGACGUAGCGACAAGUUACAACAACCUGGGAACUGUUUACAGCAAGCUUGGUCAGUACAAUCAGUCCAAAGAAUACUAUGAAAAGUCUCUUGCUAUUACAAAAGAGGUUUAUGGUGAACACCAUGGUGACGUAGCGACAAGUUACAACAACCUGGGAACUGUUUACAAUGCCCUUGGUCAGUACAAUCAGGCUAAAGAAUAUUAUGAGAAGUCUCUUGCCAUCAGUAAAGAGAUUUAUGGUGAACACCAUGGUGACGUAGCGGCAAGUUACAACAACCUGGGAAAUGUUUACAAUGCCCUUGGUCAGUAUAAUCAGGCUAAAGAAUACUAUGAGAAGUCUCUUGCCAUUAAAAAAGAGAUUUUUGGUGAACACCAUGGUGCCGUAGCGACAAGUUACAACAACCUGGGAACUGUUCACAGUGCCCUUGGUCACUACAAUCAUGCUAAAGAAUACCAUAAGAAGUCUCUUGCCAUUAAAAAAGAGAUUUAUGGUGAACACCAUGGUGACCAGACGUAGCGACAAGUUACAACAACCUGGGAACUGUUCACAGUACACUUGGUCAGUACAAUCAGGCUAAAGAAUACCAUGAGAAGUCUCUUGCCAUUAGAAAAGAGACUUAUGCUGAACACCAUAGUGCCGUAGCGACAAGUUACAACAACCUGGGAACUGUUUACAGUGCUCUUGGUCAGUACAAUCAAGCUAAAGAAUACCAUGAGAAGUCUCUUGCAAAUUACAAAAGAGAUUUAUGGUGAACACCAUGGUGAAGUAGCGCAUACUUACAACAACCUGGGAAAUGUUUACAGUGACCUUCGUCAGUACAAUCAGGCUAAAGAAUACUAUGAGAAGUCUCUUGCCAUUCUAAAAGAGAUUUAUGGUGAGCACCAUGGUGUCGUAGCGACAAGUUACAACAGCCUGGGAACUGUUUACAGUGACCUUGGUCAGUACAAUCAGGCUAAAGUAUCCUAUAAGAAGUCUCUUGCCAUUAGAAGAGAGUUUUAUGGUGAACUCCAUGGUGACGUAGCGGAAAGUUACAACAACCUGGGAAAUGUUUACAGUGCCCUUGGUCAGUACAAUCAGGCUAAAGAAUAUCAUGAAAAGUCUCUUGCUAUUAGAAAAGACAUUUAUGGUAAACACCAUGGUGACGUAGCGACAAGUUACAACAACCUGGGAACUGUUUACAGUCACCUUGGUCUUUACAAUCAGGCUAAAGAAUACCAUGAGAAGUCUCUUGCCAUUACAAAAGCGAUUUAUGGUGAACACCAUGGUGACGUAGCGCAGAGUUACAGCACCCUGGGAAAUGUUUACAGUGACCUUCGUCAGUACAAUCAGGCUAAAGAAUACUAUGAGAAGUCUCUUGCCAUUCUAAAAGAGAUUUAUGGUGAGCACCAUGGUGACGUAGCGACAAGUUACAACAACCUGGGAACUGUUUACAGUGACCUUGGUCAGUACAAUCAGGCUAAAGUAUCCUAUAAGAAGUCUCUUGCCAUUAGAAGAGAGUUUUAUGGUGAACUCCAUGGUGACGUAGCGGAAAGUUACAACAACCUGGGAAAUGUUUACAGUGCCCUUGGUCAGUACAAUCAGGCUAAAGAAUAUCAUGAAAAGUCUCUUGCUAUUAGAAAAGACAUUUAUGGUAAACACCAUGGUGACGUAGCGACAAGUUACAACAACCUGGGAACUGUUUACAGUCACCUUGGUCUUUACAAUCAGGCUAAAGAAUACCAUGAGAAGUCUCUUGCCAUUACAAAAGCGAUUUAUGGUGAACACCAUGGUGACGUAGCGCAGAGUUACAGCACCCUGGGAAAUGUUUACAGUGACCUUCGUCAGUACAAUCAGGCUAAAGAAUACUAUGAGAAGUCUCUUGCCAUUCUAAAAGAGAUUUAUGGUGAGCACCAUGGUGACGUAGCGACAAGUUACAUCAACCUGGGAACUGUUUACAGUGACCUUGGUCAGUACAAUCAGGCUAAAGUAUCCUAUGAGAAGUCUCUUGCCAUUAGAAAAGAGAUUUAUGGUGAACACCAUGGUGACGUAGCGGGAAGUUACAACAAUCUGGGAAAUGUUUACAGUGCCCUUGGUCAGUACAAUCAGGCUAAAGAAUACCAUAAGAAGUCUCUUGCCAUUACAAAAGAGAUUUAUGGUGAACACCAUGGUGACGUAGCGACAAGUUACAACAAGCUGGGAAAUGUUUACAGUGCCCUUGGUCAGUACAAUCAGGCUAAAGAAUACCAUGAAAAGUCUCUUGCUAUUAGGAAAGAGAUUUAUGGUAAACACCAUGGUGACGUAGCGACAAGUUACCACAACCUGGGAACUGUUUACGGUCAACUUGGUCAGUACAAUCAGGCUAAAGUAUCCUAUGAGAAGUCUCUUGCCAUUAGAAAAGAGAUUUAUGGUGAACACCAUUGUGACGUAGCGGGAAGUUACAACAAUCUGGGAAAUGUUUACAGUGCUCUUGGUCAGUACAGUCAGGCUAAAGAAUACUAUGAGAAGUCUCUUGCCAUUACAAAAGAGAUUUAUGGUGAACACCACGGUGACGUAGCGAAGACUUACAACAACCUGGGAAAUGUUUACAAUGCCCUUGGUCAGUACAAUCAGGCUAAAGAAUACUAUGAGAAUUCUCUUGCCAUUAAAAAAGAGAUUUAUGGUGAACACCAUGGUGCCGUAGCGACAAGUUACGACAACCUGGGAACUGUUUACAGCAAGCUUGGUCAGUACAGUCAGGCUAAAGAAUACCAUAAGAAGUCUCUUGCCAUUACAAAAAAAAUUUAUGGUGAGCACCAUGGUGACGUAGCGACAAGUUACAACAAUCUGGGAACUGUUUACAGUCACCUUGGUCUAUACAAUCAGGCUAAAGAAUACUAUGUGAAGUCUCUUGCCAUUAGAAAAGAGAUUUAUGGUGAACACCAUGGUGACGUAGCGAGAAUUUACAACAACCUUGGAACUGUUUACUGUGCUCUUGGUCAGUACAAUCAGGCUAAAGAAUACCAUAAGAAGUCUCUUGCCAUUCUAAACGAGAUUUAUGGUCAGCACCAUGGUGACGUAGCGACAAACUACAACAAUCUGGGAACUGUUUACAGUCACCUUGGUCUAUACAAUCAGGCUAAAGAAUACCAUGAGAAGUCUCUUGCCAUUACAAAAGAGAUUUAUGGUGAACACCACGGUGACGUAGCGGGAAGUUACAACAACCUGGGAACUUUUUACAGUGCUUUUGGUCAGUACACUCAGGCUAAAGAAUACUAUAAGAAGUCUCUUGCCAUCAGUAAAGAGAUUUAUGGUGAACACCAUGGUGACGUAGCGGCAAGUUACAACAACCUGGGAACUGUUUACAGUGCCCUUGGUCAGUACAAUCAGGCUAAAGAAUACCAUAAGAAGUCUCUUGCCAUUAAAAAAAUUAUUUACGGCGAGGAUCACCCCUCUGUAGCGCAAAGUUAUUUCAACCUUGGCAAUUCCUAUUGUAGCGUUAAACAGUACCCUGUUUCUGAAGAAUGCUAUGAAAAGGCUCUGAACAUUUAUAAAACGUUGUAUGGCGAGGAGCAUGCUGCUGUGAAUAGAACUUUCAACAAGUUAGGAUUCGUUAAAAGGAAACAAAGAGAACUUAAUCAAACUCGUAACAAAUGUUGCAUUGUGUAA